CUACUUGUCAUUGCCAAUAUCAAAUUAACAUUAACCUUUAAAUCUGACAAAUUUUUGUGUUAUUUUCAUAAAAUUUAAAUUUUUGGCCUUCAUAAUAUAAAAAGACCUAGUAACAAAUUAAUAUGGAAGAAACAAGCAUUGAAUCGUUAAAAAACCUAGCGCAUCUCAUAAGAAUCCAUAGCGUCGAAUCAACUUCAGCCGCCAAAUCAGGCCACCCAACAACAUGUUCCUCCUGUUGCGAAAUUCUCAGCGUCCUCUUCUUCAGAGUAAUGCGCUACAAACCUUGCUCACCUCUAGAACCUUCGAAUGAUCGAUUUGUCUUAUCCAAAGGACACGCUGCACCCGCUCUGUAUGGGUGUUGGGUCGAACUGGGACUUAUACCCAAAGAUGAACUGAAGAAUCUGAGGCAUAUCAAAAGCGAUCUUGAGGGGCACCCUACACCUAGAUUGAAGUUUAUCGAUGUUGGUACUGGAUCACUUGGUCAAGGUUUAUCUAUUGCUAGUGGUAUGGCGUAUAUUGGGAAGUAUGUGGAUGAAGCUACAUAUAGGGUAUAUUGUUUAAUUGGCGACGGUGAAUGUGCUGAAGGCUCAAUUUGGGAAUCUAUCAACUUUGCUACGCACUACAAAUUGGAUAAUUUAGUCCUCAUUAUAGACGUGAAUAGAUUGGGUCAAACUGGAUCAACCAUGUUUGGGCACGACGUGCAGCAGUAUGAGAAACGAUUAGAAGCGUGCAAUUUUAAUUGCAUUUCAGUAGAUGGACACAAUGUUGAAGAAUUGGUUAAAGCUUUUGAUUGCGUUAAGAAAUGUAAAGGAAAACCUAGUUGCGUGAUUGCCAAGACUUUUAAAGGUAAAGAUUUUCCGGGCGUAGAAGAUAAAGAAAACUGGCACGGAAAACCACUGGGUGACAAAACUGAUGCAGUUCUUCAACAUUUAAAAUCACUUCUAACGAAUGGAGGAAAAGUGGAUUUCAACAUAACACCUCCAUGUGGUAAAGUAAAUAUUGUAAAUCUUGCCGACAUUAGAUUAUCAUCACCACCAUGUUAUAAAAAGGAAGAUAAGGUAGCAACCAGAACCGCAUAUGGAAACGCUUUAGUAAAAUUGGCAAAAAAUAAUCCACGAGUAAUGGCAUUCGACGGUGAUAUGAGUAAUUCAACGUUUUCCGAAUAUUUGAAGAAAGAAAAUUCUAAAAAUUUCGUUGAAUGUUACAUCGCUGAACAAAAUUUGGUAGGAGUGGCCAUAGGAGCGGCUUGUAGGGAUCGAGUUUGCGCUUUUGCAUCCACAUUUGGAGCCUUUUUGACGAGAGCAUUCGAUCAGAUCCGUAUGGCUGCAAUAUCCCAAUCCAACGUGAACUUGUGUGGUUCUCAUUGCGGCAUCUCAGUUGGACACGAUGGUCCCAGUCAAAUGGCUUUAGAAGAUAUCACGAUGUUUAGAGUGAUUCCAACUAGCACGGUGUUUUAUCCCAGUGAUGCCAUUUCCGCAGAAAGAGCCGUAGAAUUGGCUGCUAAUUGCAAAGGCAUUACUUAUAUAAGGACAACAAGAGUGCCUACCAUGGUUCUGUAUGACAAUGAGCAGACGUUUCAAAUCGGCAAAGCAGUAAUUGUCCAAUCUUCACCUUCAGAUAGAGCGUUGGUCAUUGCAGCCUGUGUCACAUUGGAAGAAACAAUAAAGGCUUCAAAAGACUUAAAUAGUUCUGGCAUAAAUAUAAGAAUAAUGGAUCUUUUUACGAUCAAACCAAUUGACAAAUCUGCUAUCAUACAACAUGCCAAGGAAAUCGGUGGUAAGGUGUUAGUGGUUGAAGACCACUACCCUGAAGGUGGAAUGGGAGAAGCUGUAUUGGCAGCUUUAGCAGAUCAGAAAAACAUAGUUGUUAAAAUUAUUGGUGUAAUAGGAGUACCAAAAUCAGGCGAAACUGCAGCUGUGUUGAAACACUAUGGUAUAGAUGCUAAAAGCAUUGUUACUUACAUUGAGGA